UCUUCUUCUUGGAAGUCAAUUGAUAGGAAGUGGCCUGAGUUUGCUGCUGAGAAACGUAAUGUGCGUCUAGGACUAGCCACUGAUGGUUUUAAUCCUUUUGGAAUGAUGACUACACACAGUACUUGGCCCUUCAUGGUUUUUCCUUUUAACCUUCCCCCAUCAGUAUGCACGUCAAAAGAUUUUACACUGUUAGCACUACUUAUUCCUGGUCCAAGUGGUCCCAAUGGCAACAUUGAUGUUUAUUUGCAGCCCUUAAUUGAUGAGUUAAUUGAGUUAUGGUUAAAAGGAAAGAUAACGUAUGAUGCGCACACAAAGACUUCCUUUACAAUGAAAGCAAUUUUAAUGUGGUGUAUACAUGACUAUCCGGCUUAUGCGUAUAUGUCUGGUCUGCGAACAUCUGGAAAAUUUGGUUGUCCGGCAUGUGGUGAAGAUACUGAGGCUCUGAGGCUGAAAUGGGGUAAUAAGUUUGCAUACAUGGGUCAUAGAAGAUUUUUAAGAGAUCGGUCUCACCCUUACAGACGUGAAACCGACAAGUUCAAUGGAUUUAAGGAAGAUAGGGGUGCACCAAUUCAUUUGAGUGGCGUUGAAUUGUUUGAUAGGACAGCAACAGCAAACAAGGAAUUCGGGAAGAUGGUAAAGCGGUCACUAGUUGAUUCUCCGUAUUCGAAGAGAUCAAUUCUAUACAAUCUGCCAUAUUGGAAGUUUCUGCAACUUCGUCAUAAUGUGGAUGUGAUGCAUGUAGAAAAGAACUUUGCAGAGAACAUGUUUGGGACUUUCAUGAACCACAAGGAUAAGUCAAAGGAUGGGGAUCCAGCGCGCAAGGAUUUGGAACUGCUGAACUUAAAACCUGACUUGUGCAAACUGAAAGUUCCUAUUGGUUAUAGUGGAAACUGGAAAAAGAAAGUGGAUAUGAAAGAGUUACAAUUUAAGUGUUUGAAGUCCCACGACUACCACAUGCUUAUGCAGGGUUUGAUGCCAAUUUUUCUAAUGUAUUGUUUCAAAGAUCAUAAGCUUUUGCGUGAGGCAAUACGUCAAUUGUCAUUGUUUUUCAAAGUUCUUUGUUCUAAGGUUAUUGAUCGUGAAGCGCUUCGUCUAAUGCACGAACGUGUUGUGGAGUCUUUAUGUGUGUUUGAGAUGUACUUCCCACCGGCUUUUUUUGUUACGAUGACUCAUCUUGUCGUACAUUUGGCCGAAGAGGCACUAACAGUGGGACCAGAUCAAUUUAGGUACCCUUUUGAGAGGAUGAUGAGAACCUACAAGGUUUAUGGUCGGAACAAAAACUAUAUUGAAGGGUCAAUAACUGCACAAUAUGAGGUCGAUGAAGGAGCGCGCCAUUGGAUGGAGUUCAUUCCUGAGGGUAAGCAAAAGUAUUAUAAGUGUCAUGGAAAGAUAGCAUUGCACGGUGAGGUUUAUGAAGGUCCAGAACCGCCUAAUUCACAAGGAAAACCAUACCAAUUAACUUCCUUACAGCAUCAACAAGUUCGUCUUUGGGUAUUGAGACAUUCAGAAGAAAAUACUGAAUGGGAAGAGAAAUACAAGGCAUACAAUAAUACUUUUAACCGAAGAUCAAGGAGCAAGCAUCAGGAUUACAUUCUCUGGUUAAGAGAUCAACUUCUAGGCACUCCCGUGACAGAUUUUCAUAGGCUCUUACUUGGACCUUCCUUCAAGACAGUUUCCUAUAGAGCGUAUUCGGUGAAAGGUUAUCUGUUUUAUACAGCAGAGGCAGAGCAAUAUAUGACUACACAAAACAGCGGAGUGACCAUCGAUGCCUUCACCAGCUUCAGAGCAAGCGCCAAAGAUACCAACUUGGUGGGUGAUGAUACUUCUUACUUUGGCAUUGUGAAAAAGAUACUUGAACUCGAUUAUGAAGAUUUCACAGAAGUUGUUUUUCUUUGUGAUUGGGUCCGGGUCGAAGACAAAACAACUGGAUCAUAUGUGGAUGCAGAGACAAACUCGAGGUUCGUCAAUUUCGAAAAGUUUAAGAGAAGCUCUAAAGAAGUUGACGAACCCUUCAUCCAUGCUUCUCAAGCUGCCCAAGUCUUUUAUUGCGCUGAUGAGACUAGAAAGCAUUGGCAUCUUGUAUUAGAAUCUCCCAAGAGAUCCGGCCUAAAGGUGAAUGCUUAUGAAGAUCCAGUGAAGGUGGUGCAGUUGUCUGGGUUCCUGCACCAGGGAGAGAGAUUUCUAGAAUACGGGCUGGUUCUUUCUACAACCUUCUUCAGGGACAACACAUAG